GGUCAGAGGGGGGGGGGUACUUUUAUAAAAUAAGAUCGUUCAAAAGACGAGAUUGCGUAACAGUAAACAACAUGGCUGCCUCAAACAGCUUUGGUAGAUAUAUUUGUCAUUUAAAAAGAUUAACGUUUAACUUUUGUCCUGUUGGGGGAAGUAGCAGAGGAAUGAGGUAGUUUGAAACAAAAGCGUUCAUAUUUAUUAGAUUAAUAUAGAUCUCCCAGUAUAGAUUAUAAUUGAACUUCCUGAAUAUACAAAUAUAUUUGUUGUUUUUUAUAGAGAUUUUGUUAAUAAAAGGGUGACAUUAUUAACAGAGAACUAUCCAAAUAUCGCCGUAUAUGUCACAGAAAGACCUGACAGACAUCCUCGUAUCAUUGCAAAUUACUGUAAGUUUAUCUUAUUUGGCUAACCAAUGUUUGUUUUAAUAAUACACCCUUCCAUAUUUAAGUAUAUGUCACUUUGGUUAUAGAGCCUCGUUUUCGUGUGUUUAAUAUUAGUUAAAGCUCAACAUCUCAUCACAAAAACAAGGCUCUGUAGCCAAAGUGAUGUUGAAUGAAUGAAUGAAUCACUAUAUUAUAAAGACUUGUUGUUUUUCAUUUUACACUCGGUUUACAGACUUUCUGGAAGGGUGUGAUAUUUGCCGUGGUUAUUCAUCCUACACCAGAACUUUAAGUUCUAUGGCUUUUGAUCUGACUUGGUAUUACACAUGCAUACACACAAUAUUCAUGUUUUUAUGGACAAUAAUUUUUUCAUGAACCUUAUACCUGUCCCACACUAGAGAACUUCUUAUCCUAACCGUUCUGGCCACUUGUUUGCAGGCCAUAGAAGAACUCUUACACAUACACUUGAAAUUCCGGGCGAUAGCACAUGCAAGGCAAGUGCCUUCAAAGUUCCGGUAUUGCAACAAUAACCUCUGCGUUAUUAAUUUAUAUGGAAGCUAUUUUCUUUCAGUAAAUGGCAGCAGCAAAGUAAUCCCAGUGAAGAAUAGCGAUGUAGAAGACAUUCAAAAAUGGGUUGAUAGGUUACGAAGUGAAUCAGGGAAGAAGUUAGAGAAAAACACAAGGCGCUGGCACACAGAUAAUCCUUCAAUACAAGGCACAUGGACACCAUUUAUUCACAACUCAUCUUGCCGCUUAGAUAUUGAAGAGAAAGCUAGAGAAAAACUGGGAAUUUAGGAACCAUUCUUUGAUUGUUUUAAAAUAAUAUAUUGUGUUAUUGUGUAUUGACAUACAUGUUAACUCAUUAAUUAAAAUAUCUUUUACAGGGCCGUCUGACAAAAUAUCCGGUGAUGUUGAGUUUGGGUCAGACAUAUGUCCGAUGACCUUCAGUUCAGUUUUGACUCGGAAAUAAGUCUGAAUGACACAAAUGAAUAAAUGGUAAAUGUUGUAAAGAUAUUAAAUAAUUUGUUUCUUUCAUACUUAUUUCCAAGCCAAAAUUAACUUGCUUUCCAGAACAGCAGUAUUAAAAAAGAUUUUGACAACUUAAGCCCGUUUUCCACUUCACCAUUUUGCUUGCUGCCCCGCGCUCGACUACAUUAAAACAACAUUUCCAGUUCACCUUUUAUACAAUAGUACUCUGAUUUUCGAUUUAACAUACAAGCCUCUAGUCCUAGGCUAGGGUACAUUUUGAUUUACGUCGGACAAAGCUACAGUUUGGUCGGACACCAAUACACUCGGGUCGGACAAACAAUAAACCUCAGUUUCACUUUGGUCGGACACAAUGUCCGGUGGUUUCCUUUGUACAUCGGACAAUUUCACGAAUGGGUCGGACAAUGUCUGUGACUGACCGAUAUUUUAAGGCCUGAUUGCCUCAACCUCAUCCCCAGGGGAUAAGAAGAGACGCUGGGGAGAAGGUUUGCAUUACUUUGGCUACAGAGAAACUCGUUUUUCGCAUAACCCGUAAUUCGUCAUCAAAUGCUGACGCCAUGGUCGCAGCCAGUGCGCGUUUGAGAGGC